AUGUAUCCGAUGAACCAAUGGCCGGGGGGCGCGCCGCCGAGCUACGGGGGCUUCCAGAACCCUCAGUACACGGGCGGGUUUAUGCAGCCCCAGCCGACAUCGAUGAACGGGAUGGCGCCUGGCUUUAGCAGUGGCGCACAGCCCCAGGCCUCGUUUGUAGCACGGCCGCCGGCGCCGCCGCCCCCCCCGAUGGGCGCGAUGCCGCAAAUGACGGGCAUGCCGCCGCAGAUGACCGGAAUGCCGCCGCAGAUGACGGGCAUGCCGCGCCCGAUGCCCCCGCAGAUGACCGGCAUGUCGCCCAUGAUGCCGCAAGGCACGGGCAUGUCGCCCAUGAUGCCUCAGGGCACCGGAAUGUCGCCCAUGAUGCCCCAGGGCACCGGCAUGAUGCCGCAGAUGACCGGUGUCCUGAGCGAUCCCCGCAUGCGCCUCAUGUACCAGCAGUUCCUUCCGGCGCCGCAGCCAUUCAGCGGCGCGCCGGCGCCGAGCAGCAUGAACUUCCACCAGGCGAGUCUGCAGCCCGCCCAAUUCCAGUCCAAGCUGCAGACGCUCAGCGCGCAGCAGCCUACCGGUGCACCGGCGGGCGCGCCCAAGCCCAAGAUCCCGUGGACACUGACCAAGGAGGAAAAGAAGUCGUACGACAACAUCUUCCGCGCCUGGGACGCGAAGCGCACCGGUUUCAUCUCGGGUGACGUCGCACGCGAGCUCUUUGGCCAGAGCGGCCUCGACCGUGAGAAGCUCCUGCAGGUAUGGCACCUCGCCGACACGGAAAACCGCGGCAAGCUCAACCUCGCCGAGUUCCACGUCGCGAUGGCGCUCAUCUACCGCGCACUGAACGGCAACGAGGUCCCGAACGAGCUGCCGAGCGAGCUCAUUCCCACCUCGUCGCGCGACCUGAGCGAGUCGGUGGACUUUUUGAAGGACCUCUUGAAGCAGGACACGAGCGUGCGCUCGGCCACCGCACUCAACCUGCCGGACCCGGGCUCGAACAAGGACACCAAGUACGCAGAGGCCCGCUCCUUCUACCGCAACCCGGUGGAGCGCGAGCCAGAGCGCAAGAACAGCGACGCGGUUGCGUACAAGCACUCGGACUCGGACUCGGCCGGCUACCGCUCGCGCUCGCGCUACUUGGACCGCCGCGAAGUGCGCUUCGACGGCCAGAGUGCGUCGGAGGACCUCGGCGAGAUGAAGCGCCAGCUCGAGCGUACACAGCGCAUGCUCGAAAAGGUGGACUUGGACGACGAAGAGGACCACGAACUCGACCGUGAAAUGGAGGACGUGCGGUACUCGAUCCGCCGCCUCCAGGACGACAUCGAGUACUACAACCGCCGCGAGGGCGUACACGCGGGCGAGCAGCGCCGCCGCGCAGAGCGCACGCUCAUGCAACUUCUGCAUGAGCGCCUGCCGCAGCUCGAAAAGCGCCUCGAGCGGCGCCAGUCGAGCAAGGACCAGCGCCGCGUCGAAGAGGGACGCCGCCGCGACGAGCGCAACAACGACACGCACGCGCACCUCCGCGAAGAGCCCAAGGCCGAGAGACCCGAGCAGCCGACACCCCCUGCCGCGCCGGCGACUCCGUCCGCUCCGGCGACCCCUGCUGCCUCGUCCCCGGCGCAGUCCCCGGCGCCUGCUCGUGCGCCGCCGCCCAAGCUGACGGGCGCGGAACGUGAUGCGUGGAUUCGGUCCGAGGCUCAGCGCCGUGUCCAGGAGCGUAUGCGCAUGCUCGGCGUCGGUGGCCCGAUCAGCUCGGGCACCUCGACGCCGACCGUCGAUACUUCUGUCGAGGAGCGUCUCCAGGCCGAGAAGCGCGAAGCGGAGCAGCGCGCUGCACAAGCCGAUCGCGAGGCUGCCGAGCGCGAAGAAGCGCGUCGCGCACGUAUGCGCGAGCAAAAGUCGAGCCGUGGUGCGCCGCCGCCGCCGCCGGCACGCUCGGCCGCCAAGAAGGAGACGGAAGUGCCCAAGGCCUCGGAGCCCAAGGCGCCCGAGCCCAAGGAUGAGUUUGACGACGCGUUCGAGCCGCCAGCUCCGCCCGCGCCGCGGGCCGCGCCGCCGCCGCGCGUUCCGCAGCCCCGCGAUCCGCCUGCUCCUACGCCGCCCGUGGCAACGCCGCCGGCCCCCACGCCGCCCGCUGCGACGCCGGCCGAGGAGCCCAAGGCAAGCACGAACCCCUUUUUCCGGAAGCAGAGCACCGAGCCUGCGCCGGAGCCGGUCGAGGAGCCGGUCGAGGAGCCUGUACAGGCCCCGCCUCCUGCGCCCCCGCCUGCUCCCCCGCCUGCGCCCCCGCCUGCGCCCCAGCCGGCCAGCUCGCUGCCCGCUGCAAACCGUGGCACCCCAUCGGCUGUGCCGCCGCCCAGCCGCGGCGUCCAUCUUCCGCCUUCCCACGACGAGGACUGGGAGGACGAGGACGAGGACGAGGACGAUGGCCCUGGCCUGAGUUCGCGUGCCACGCGGCAGCACCUCGCUCAGCAGCUUUUUAGCGGUGUUGUUCCCAGCAGUGCGACGCCUCCGCCCGCGCCUGCUGCGCCGAAGGCGCCGCCCGCCGUACCUCUUGGCGGCAAUGCCGGUCCUAGUGACCGCAACGCGCUGCUGUCGCAGAUCCGGGGCGGCCAAGCGCUGCGCAAGUCUGCGACCAACGACCGGUCAGGUGCGUCGAGUGCCGGUGCCGUGCUCGGCUCCGCGUCGCCGCCCAAAGGCUUGUCUACCGCCUCGCUGCCCGAGCCCGAUUCGAGCGACGACGAGGUGCCGCCGGAGAGUGCCGAGGCCGCGUAUACCCACGGCGUGCCUGCAGAAGACGACGCCUAUACUGUCCCUGGCGGCUUUGCGGAAGAAGUGCCAGAGGCUCGCGAGGCGCCCGCUGCUGCACUCUCUGACGCGCCUGCCGAUGCGCCAGCCGCCGCCGCGGAGCAGGCCGACGCCGAUCUCGGGUUUGACAUGACGCGCACGUUCCGUGUGCGCAGUGUGUACCCCUUCGAGGGUGAUGGCAUCGAGACGCUCACGUUCGAUGCAAACCAGGUGCUUGUGGCGCACCCCGCGCUCAACGGUGCCAAGAUCGAAGGCGACUGGACGUUUGGCAGCCUGGCCGCGAAUCCCCAGCAAAAGGCCCUGAUUCCCGUCGCGUACGUCGUCGAGAUGGAUCAGGCGAUCGCUGCCAAGGCCUUGUACGACUACGAAGCUACGUCCGCCGAGGAGGCGACGAUCGAGGAAGGCGAAAUCCUUCAGAUUGUCGACCAGUCCGACCCUGACUGGUGGUUGAUCGCGCAAGGAGCGCACUGCCUGUUGGUUCCGGCCAACUAUGUGGAGCUUUGCUAA